AUGGCGGCAGCAGCAACAGCGCACCGAACCACGCACUAUGACACCAUCGUCCUUGGGGCCGGCAUGUCCGGACUGGCCUGCGCCUCGAGGCUCUACCAACACCAAUACUUUAGAGAGAAAAACCAUCUGCUCGUCUUGGAAGGUAGAGACAGGAUAGGCGGGCGCAUAGAAGCUGUCCAUGUGAAUGGGUGCCGCUUGGACACGGGGGCCAACUGGAUCCAUGGUAUCGGCACGGACGAGAAGCCCAAUCCAUUGAUGGGGGUGCUGCCUCAUAAGAGGUAUAGACAGGUUUCUGGAUCUGUGGUCUUCAAACCACCUGAGAAGAAGACACAAGACGAGAUUGAGAGGCCGAAUGAGCAGUCUCUUGAUGGGCAGCCCUGGAUCAAGGUCGAGUCGGUCAGAUCGGCCCAGCACACUCUGGGCCAAGGGGGAGGGAAAGGUGACAGGAUCAUUCCAAAGGACGUGGCAGGGAAGAUGGUGGGAGCACUCUGGUCGAUGAUGGAGUCCUUGCAUGAGGCAGCCGCUGAAGAUCUAGGCAAGGCAAAGGACACCACGAUGCUCCAAGCCAUCACAGCGUCAGAGGAACUCCGCGAGGCGUACCAAACCGUCCCGACGGAAUACCACCACUCAAUCGGCACCAUGCCACAAUUUGUGGAGAGUAUGGAGGCCGCCCCGCUGGCUGCACAGUCGGCAGAGAGCGCCCGGGACCGACGAGGUAUGAGUCUGCUCGAGUUCGGCAUCGACGACUUCGAUGGCGACCAAGUAUUUCUGCAGGAUGGCUACGUCGCUGUGGUUGAAGAGGUGGCCAGGGAGCUGACGCAAGCCGGACUGAUACGGUUAGGCGUCCAGGUCAGAAAUAUCGACUGGAGUCAGAACCCUAUCAAGCUUGAGACGACUCACGGCAGUUAUACCGCCAGCAAGGUCGUCUGCACAUUGCCUCUGGGCGUGCUUCAGCACCACACACAAGCACCUGCCUCCGGCACAGCGCCAAUACGGCUGUUCGUACCGCCGCUCCCCUCGGGCAAGCUUGCGGCGAUUGACAACCUCGGGUUCGGCACGCUGGACAAGAUCAUGCUUGUGUACAGAACCCCAUGGUGGACUCAAGAACCCUAUACCUCGAUUUUUCGUAAAGGUCUCGUCCGACAGCCAAUGUCCAGUGGUACAGAAGAUAGCCCAGACAACAGUCAUGACAAGGCAUCACCGGACUCUCUCAUGGGCUUCACCACCGAGCUCCCCGGUAUCGAGAUCCUCGAGGAUGGCACAACAGCUACCGGGCUUGGUGUUCUAUCCAUCAUCAACCUGCACAACCUGACCGGGUUUCCCGUCCUGUCGGCUUUCGUCUCCUGCGCAAACGCUGUCCAGAUCGAGGCCAUGUCUAACGAGCAGGCCGGCGGGAUCGUACAUCGCGCAAUGACGAGCUGGCUGGGCAGAGAGCCGCCGAAGCCCGAGACUACCCACGUCAGCAGGUGGGCUGCGGACGAGUUCUCGAGGGGCAGCUACAGCCACAUGAUUACGGGCGUGUCUGGCACAGAGCACCGUCAAGAGUUCCAACAGCCCCUCGUCAAUGACAAGGGAGGCGUGUUAAGGUUUGCAGGGGAGCACACAAGUCGCAAUCACUUUGCUACGGUGCACGGCGCGCUGUUGAGCGGUUGGAGGGAGGCAGACGCUAUAUUGACUGAAAUCUGA